CUCGCCCCGUCGCCGUCCGUGUCCUCGAGGAGCUCUACGGCUUGUACGUGGCCGUCGCUCUGCUGUCCUGCACUGUCAAGCUGCACACGCUGGGAGAGGACUGCCUCCAAGGCCUCCGCCCUUGGAGCGCCUACAGGAAGGUCAGGGACGGGAACUGGGCGUCGCGGCUCGUCUGCCGCUGUGGCGCCAAGGCCCCUGAGAGGAUCGCGAAGGCCGCCAAGGCUGAGCACGAGAAGAUCGUGGCGGGCAGGGGAGGCGGCCAGGAGCAACAGUGGCCCCGCGGUGGCGGCGCCAACGGCUCCAGCAAGGACGGCGAGAAGGGCCUGGCCAAGCAGCUCGCCGACAUCAAGAAGCAGCUCGCCCUGCUCCAGCCCACGACGACCACGAAGCAGCCGCAGCCGGCUGCAGCCGCUGACGAGGAGGACCCUGAGGCCAAGGCGCUGGAGGAUGCCAGGCUGUCCCUGGAGACGUUUCGCAGGGUGGCCCAGAGCAAGUCCUCGUCGGAAGCAGCUAAGAAGUUCGCUCUGGAGGAGAUCGCGAGGCUGCAGGAGAAGAUCACGCAGGCACGGUCUCCCGAGCUCCAGCAGCUCUCCAUCACCCAGAAGAUCACGCGUGCCAAGGCCUCGGCGGCCAGCUGGCGUGAGAAGGCUUCGCAGAAGGAGGAGGAGCUCAAGAAGAUUCAGUGUAAGCUGCAGCAGGAAAUUGACAAGUUCAAGGCUGCUGCUGACGAAGCUCAGGCCAGAGUUGAGGAGCUACAACGGCAGGCAGCUGAACAGGUUGCCAAGCUUGCAGGUACGGCAGCCGCGGCCCCUUCGGCACCUGCGGCGGCUUGGGCUCCUCCAUCGUUCGAGCUCGACCCCGCAGCCGUCUCGGCCCAGGGCAGUGAGUUCCAGGAGUGGUACCGCAAGUUCAAGGUCAAGGGCCGCAAGGUCAAGGCUUGGAGAUUCUGGUCUGCGAACGCCAACUCCUGGAGCUCGCUCCAGGCAGCCAUCGACUGGCAGAGGGGUUGGGGGGACGCUACCAGACCACACGUUCUUUUGUGCCAGGAACAUCGGCUCAAAGACACAUCACGUAUACGUUCGGCUGCAGGAUGGCUUCGGUCUCGGGGCUAUCAUGGGGCCUUCGGCGCAGCUCGUGCCACAGGGUCGCAGGCCUCUGAGAGCUCGGCGGGAGUCCUCACCGCGGUGUCAUCCUACGUGGAGUUCGCGGGGAUUGGCCUCCAGAAGUUCGGGGUGGACGCCGCCUGCGGCCCGCGCCUCAAGAUUGUCAGGGCAAACAUGAUUUUCCCCCAUGGUAUGUAUCUCAUGUCGGUCUACGGCCACGUGGAAAAGAUGGCUUACUCCGUGUUCUGGGACAUGCUGUCGCAGCUGGGUGGCAAGUUGCGCAGGCCAAUGGCGUCGUGUUCGUUGGACGGGCAGCAGGUGCUGCUCGGCUUGCUCGAAGAACUGGACGCCAUCGACGGGGCGUCCUUGCGCGGCUUCGACUCCAUCGGGCUAGGCUACCACCAGGUUCGGCACACGAUCGAGCUGGGCGGGGAAGUCCUGGACACGCUCUGCGUCAAAGUCAGCGACGCGGCCCAGGAGGCCUCGGCGGCGGCUGCCCAAGCUGAACUCCAGGAGUGGCGAGUAUGGGCCCAGGCCUCAGUCAAGGCUGGGGGGCGCAAGGCGCACAGGUUCAUCAAGCAGUCGCCCCAGGCCUCUGGGCCCAAGGCCCCCGAGGGUUGGGCUUUGCAGGGUGAUGGUGCAGUCGAUGCCAUGGUCGAGGAGUGGUCGCAGUACUGGGACGACGCCAAGCAGUGCAUCUCGGACCAGCAGCACGCGCUGGCGAACAACUCCGACCUUCCUCGCCCCACAGUCGGGAGCAAGCUCAUCGGGGGCUUGCGCGAGCUGCGCCUCGUGCUGUCUGAGAAAAAAUGCAAGUUCCUGGCCCUUUUGGCCCUUGCUCCCAUGAAGCGGGGUGCCUCGGUGGGCCUCAAGCUGCGCUCAUUUAAGCUCGGUAGGAAGGUCGACCCUGUGCUUUUGUAUUUCCGCCAGGCUGACCUGGCCCUGGGCAUGUCUGCUCCGUGGGAACGGAAAGCGAAUGCUAUAGCAGAUGUCCUGGCCAAGCGGGGAGCGGCCCAGCAUCCGUCUGUGCAGCAGGCCGCCAGCCAGGACCCCGAGCUUGGAGUUUUGGUGCAGCUUACAGGGCACUGCCUUAGAGCCACCAGCGUGUUCAACGAGACUGGAGCCAGCGUCAUCGCUGGCCACAGGCUCAUCUGUUGUGUUUCUUGUGGGGCCUUUGCUUGGGGCAAUGUGAGGGCCCUCUCGCAGGCUUGCCAUCCCGCCCAAGCGGGCAAGGGUCUCAGGCAGCAGAAGGCCCGACUGUUGGCUCGCAAGUUUCCCAGGUGGCUGUCCAAGUAUUCGGGCUGGUCUCUGGGUGAGUUGGAGAUCCCGACCCCGUCCGAUCUCCUGUCUCUCGCCUCCACCAUCCUUGCUGCGCGCCCGAGGCCCGCAGCGCCGUCAGCCCAUCCCGUCUUCCGACCAGGACCGCCGUGGCGCCCCUGCUGGACACCAGGUGUCCUGCUCUCGCGCUUCGGCGUCUCGUUCGAGACCCUCCCGUUCUGGGAGGCCCAGGCGCGCGCCGCCCUCGGCAUGGGGCAGGACGCGGGCGGGGCCCCCGAGGAUUGCGAGGAG